AUGGAUCUGUAUUAUGAUAAAAAUGAGAUGAUAAUGUACCCGCCUCCAUUUGCAAUUUUCAAUGAUACGAUGACAGAUGAAUCCGAAUCUUCAUCAAUCAUUCUUUCUUCAUUGCUUGGAAUUGUUUUAAGCUUAAUUGCUUUUACAACAGCGAUGGGCAAUAUUAUCGUACUUUUGGCGUUUUAUUGUGACAAAAAGUUACGUACAAUCAAUGGUAAGUCAUCUCAGAAUUGA